CUUGCGUAAAACGUGUUAGUACCAAUCCCGAGCUCCAAAAUAGAUCCUAAAUGAAGCACAUACAGAGAAAACUAUGUAAGCUUGAAAUUAUAAUUCAAAUUCUGAUAUAUUUUAUUCAAAUCGGGAGAUUGGAAGGAAACAUCAUAUCCAGGGAGAAAAAAUAUUUAACCAGUAGGGGAGGGAUGCAGCUCUGAGUUGAAUUACCAUGAUAGUUUUACAUGGAAAAAUAAUGACUGAAUGGCCUGAAACGCUCCUCGAUUGUACUAAAAGUUGUAUCAUUGGCCCCCAAAGUUAAAAGGUUGCCAGUCCCUGUUCUAAAACAAACAUGCUGUUACUCUGUUCUCUGGAGAGAGUUUUUAUAUAUUUCAUCGCACCCAUUCGAAUUAACUCUUCAAAACCUUUCCGGUUGCAUGCUGGCACAUUUUACCUCGUUUCCUUUAUGAUGCACUUAGCAAUUAAGGAUUUGUUCAUAAAGCGUCGUGUGGUUUCAAAUGUAAUAUGUUUUUCAUCCGUGCACAAAAGCUGAACCGCAGUAGUCAGUCCCAGGCCCCUACAAUCAUUCCGAUGCUUGUGUGUUGCAGAGGAGGCGCAUUUCACUAGUUCACUUGUAAGAUGGUCGAAAGAAGCUGGAAUCCUAUAUCAACAAAAUGGACUGGAAUUGUGCGUUUCUGGUAGCACAAAUUUAUGGAAUUGCCUUGAUUUCUUCGUUUAACCCAGUUUACGCUUUACUAUGCGAGUGCGACGAGUUUUGCCCUGACAAUCACUUCAACAACUACACAUGCGCAACCGACGAAGGCUACUGUUUUGCCAAGUUGCAUUUCGACGACAAAAACAAAACAAUUGUGCGGACACAUGGGUGCACUGCAGACACCCACGAUGGCGGCAUCUUCCAAUGCCGCCACAAGAAACAUGAGAAACCGAUCACCAUGAUGUGCUGCAAAGAUGCUGACUAUUGCAACAGCCAUCUUGAACCAACCCUGCCGCCAACGACCAACCCUAAAUUCCACCCGAAUGCAAUAACAACAGAAAACACGACAUCGAAAUAUCAUACUCCACAUGGCAUUGCGUUGGUCAUAUCGAUAACAAUCUGUGUCAUGCUGCUCAUUAUUCUCGUUACUUACCUCUAUUUCAGGCAUCGCCAGAAUCACAUGAAACGGCGGUACGAUACAGAGCGACAAAUCAUCAUCCAGCAUGGAACUAGGCCCGUGAGCUCCCUCCGUGAGCUGCUUGACGAGUCAGAGGCAACUGGAACAGGCUCUGGUGUUCCACUUUUGAUUCAGCGCACCAUCGCAAGGCAGAUAACAUUUCAAUCAUGCAUUGGAAAGGGAAGAUACAGCGACGUAUGGAAGGGUCGUUGGAGGGGCGAAGAGGUAGCUGUCAAAAUAUUCUCCCCAACUGAAGAAGCAUCGUGGUACCGAGAGGCAGAGUUCUAUCAAACCGUCUUGUUACGUCAUGAUCACGUGCUCGGCUUCAUUGCCGCGGAUAUUAGGUCCAUCGGCACAGAAGCCAAACUUCUAUUGAUAACUGAAUACCAUAAGUACGGGUCGUUAUACGAUUUUCUACAAAACUUUACGUUUGAUUAUCGAAUCCUGUUGCGGUUGUCCUAUACUACUGUUAGCGGCCUGUCCUAUUUGCAUCGUGAGAUAUCAGGGACCAAGGGCAAGCCGCCAAUUGCGCAUAGAGAUAUAAAGAGUCGAAACAUUUUAGUGAAGGGAAAUUUCACAUGUGCCAUUGGCGAUCUAGGACUAGCCGUACGUUUAAAUCCAGAUACAAAAGAGCUGGAUAUUGCAAAAACAGCGAGAAAGCCUACGAUUAGAUACGCUCCACCCGAAGUCUUAGAUGGCUCCAUGGAUGAAACCCACUUUGAUGCGUAUAGAAUGGCGGAUAUGUAUUCAUUUUCACUGGUGUUGUGGGAAAUUGCUCGCAGAUGUCAAACACAAGAAACCGUCGAUGAGUACAAGCCUCCGUUUUAUGAAUGGAUUGACGAGGAAGCAAGUUCUGAUGAGAUGAAGGAGUUCGUGGUAACUUCCCGACGGAGGCCGCAGAUUCCUGAAAGAUGGGCAUCUGACCAGCAUUUGCGACUGGUAAGCAAGUUGAUGACCGAAUGCUGGUGUCAUUCGCCCGCGGCUAGACUCUCAGCUGCCCGCGUGAAGAAGAACCUGCAAUCUUACGUGACAGAUGAAGAAUCCGAAUCAAGUUACUCAUAAAUCAAAUCCUUUUCUUGUUUGCAAGAUGACUGAAUUCUCAGUUGUAACUGGCUAAAAAGGAGAGUCUUCCUGAUUGGCAGGCCAACAUCCCACGUGGUGAAUUGUUUCCUUGCAAAUUGGCUGAUAAAUUCCAAAUACAACGCUUUCCCAAAUUCAAAUUCAAAUUACAACGCCGUGUCAGAGUAAGGUCACAACAAAUGGGAAUGAAACCACUGGUCGUGGUAAUAAAGGCUGUUGUCUAUAUAUCGGAUCAUCGUAAAAACAGCAAAAUCAUGCACUGGCCAACCGUCUUUGAUUAAAAGAGUAAGAUACGAGUUAUUAAACGGUUAGAGUUUGUUUAUGCAGUGGAGAUGACGCAUUCCAGACAUCCAAUGGAUGUUUUCACUAAGAACUCUUGAUGAACAAGUUUUAACUAUUUUAUGUUUCUUAACUUUUUGGUUUUGAUAUAAAUAAGUCAAUUCAGUGAAAAAGUGAAGCUUUUUGUUAUUUCAUUUUUUAGCCCAGUCAUAUAUUUUAUUGUUUACUAUUUACUCAAAUAAUUGUUCAUUCCGUUUUCUUCUUACAAUAUAUUGUUUAAUGUAAAUUAUAUAGAUCUAUCGCUUCAUUAUUGUAAAUGAUUUGUCCAUUGUCCCUUCACGCAUCACCCAAUAUUUGUUGAAGUUUUGAAUGAUUUUAAAUUUUGAUACAUUUUUUUUGUAAAUACCUUUUUCUCCAGGGACUCAAGAGCUUGUUUAAAGAAAUCUGUUUCAUUAAGUCUCCUAUAGCAAGGCUUUUUGCCGAAAGGCGCAUUAAAUACCCUGGCUAUUACAUCUCAUCAUAAGUAUUAUAUUCGUCUAGACAUGAGACAUCGUUACAGUUAUACCCAGCUUCCUAUUCCGUUCCGAUGACGUCAUAAUUUCGGGCCUAGGCCUUAGUUCAGUAACAUUUUAGACAACACCAUUCAUGAAAAAGCAUGUUAUUACCAGGAAACUGUAUUCUUAUUUGAUAUUAAGAUAUUUAACCAAUGUAUAAACAAGAUGACAUCUGAUUAUAAAAUAUCAUUCGUUGGUACCUUUGUAGUUUUGAUAUAGCAAGCAUUUACAUUAUAGAUACAUAUUAAUGUCAAAUAUGAUCAGUAUAUAAUAGCGUGAUUGGCUGGAUUAUACACACGUGUCUACUCACUGCCUUUUCGCUGCCUCACGGAUCGUUAUUGCCUGUUGGGGAUAAGCCAGCCUUUUUGUAUCCGGCCUCUGCUGGAUCACAAUGCUGUCUGUAUAUAGGUAUCGUUUUUAUCGUUAAUGAAAUUCAAUAACACCUGUUCGUUAGGAAAGGACAGGCAACCUAUGACAAUGCCAGUCGAACAAACGCAAUUGACGACAUACUGCCAGUGUUUUUUUCAGUGAGAGAAUGCAGGAAUGAUAUAAUCGAAGCAUACUCUUGUCUGAAAUAUAUGACGCUGAAAGUCUUGAUUUUACGUAAGAAAGCUGAAUGUAAAGGAGUUGAUUUACUUGAAAAAAGGUCUGGGAACAAACAGUGCGAAGACCCUAUUUGCAGCAAAGAUUGUACAAUCAGCUUGUAUUGAAGAGUGAUUGUCCACAUAAUAUAUUGGUUUAUGAUUUGCAAGGCGCAAGGUUAAAUGCUCUUUGAAUUGUGUUGUUCAUCGACUUCUUGAAUUCAUUGAAGCAGGCGCAGUGUCGGUCGGCAUAGUACACUAACAGCAGAUACGCUGGAACUCCUGAUAAGAUAACCACCAUUGUUAUGCCUGAUUCCAGAGGCUUGUUGAAAAAUGGAAGAACAACCAAAAACAGCGAAACUAAGCUCAUCAAAAUGGGCACAAUUAUCCAGAUUUUGAACGGCCUGUGUAGAUUUGGUUUCCGUAUUCGCAGCACAACUACAGCAAAAAUUGAUACUCCAUAAAUAGUCCAGCAGGCGAAGUUGAAAUAGCCAAUGAGCGACUCUAAGUUGCUACCAUCUGGUAGAAGCAUCAAUACGGAAAUGAGGCUCGCCAAUAGGAUUGCGGGGAUCGGUGUAAGGCGUCUCUUGUGUAUCAUACCAAGGGCUGCAGGCAUGUGGCCCUCACGUGCAGCGGCCAGCGUCAACCUGCCGCAGGAAAAUACUGUUCCAUUUGCAGCUCCAUAGCAAGAUAAAGCAACAAGUAAAGGCAUCACAUAUGCCACUUUUCUACCAAGAAUCUUUUCGACGAAAUGGAUUACCGUGGUUGGUGAAUUGGCUAUCUCUUCUCUUGACAGAACAGACAUGAAAGACAAGUUGACUGCUACAUAACAGAAUAUAACAAAGGGGAUCCCAGUAAUUAUCGAGAGGAACAAAUUCCGCUCAAGAUUGUGCAUUUCUUCAGUUACAUUGCUGACCAGGGCCCAACCAUCGUACGACCACAAGCCGUUGUACAAGGCUAUAGAUAACUGAGCCAUCUCCGCCAUUCCAAAACGAGAUGAUGUGUUCGAAUUCUUUCCAUCAAACAUUGUAACGAUGUUCUCAGUCUUCCCUGUUGCUAUUUGCCAUACGCCAAGAAUAAUCACAAAGCAAACUGCCAUUAUUUGCGCCAUAGUAAAAAUCGCUUGAGCCUUCGCAGCACCGGUAAUGCUAAGACAGUUCACUGCAGCUACAAUAAUUACACACAGGGCAGCAAGGGCUUUCGAUAUCCAAACAGCCUCUGUUUCAUUUUCAGUAAACGGCUUCACAGCAUAUGUCCCAAAUGUUAAAGUGACUGCUGCAAUGGCUGCUGGAUCUAUUAUAAGAACAGUUGUCCAGCUACAUAAAAAUGCAGGUAGACCCCCGUAUGCUUCCAGAAUGUAGGCAUAAUUACCUCCUGCUUUCUGCAACGCACAUCCAAGCUCACAAAAGCACAGAGCACCCAGAAGUGCAAUUAUUCCACAGGAGAUCCAAAUAACUAAUGCCAUCCCCAUAUUCUCUGUCGUUCUAGCUACAAGAGAUGGCGACAAAAAGAUUCCAGAGCCUAUAAGAAUUCCAACAAUUAAGAAAAAACCUUGGGCAAAUCCUAUACUUUUCUGCAGCUUUCUUAUGGAGCCUGAGAAGACGUGAGAAAUAUUGCUCAACACACUUCCAGUUCUAGAGCCACCCAAAAAAGAGCCAUUUACCUUGGGGGACAGUAAUGGUGACUUUUCGGUCAAAAUGUCAGGCAAUACCGUGUCUCUGGCAUCGCCUGGAAACGAUUCGCUGCGAUGAAAUGGAUGGAUGUUGUCACCAUCUUCGCCAAGCGCAUGUUGAUAUCCAAAAAAUUGCAGAUCAUCGUCAGUGUUUAUUGAAUGCGACAGUGGCUGGUUUGUGUUGUGGUCACCAAUACCUCUUCUCCCUUGCCAGCUCAUGCCGUUUGCCAACUAAAAUGACUGAUUAAAGAUUUCCACUGAAAACC